AUGGCGGACGACAUGAAGAAAGCAGCUGAAAGUCCAGUUGUGGAGCCGAUUCAGGACGGGCGGUGCGUUGAUAUUGCCAUCGGCUCUGUUGAAGAUGCAGAUGGCGAAUACAAACGCAGCUUUACCUCACGCCACAUCCAUAUCAUCUCACUCGGCGGCCAGAUAGGAGCUGGUCUGUUCAUUUCCACUGGCAAGAACCUCCGCGAUGGUGGCCCAGCGACGCUUUUCCUGGCAUUUGCAACGGUCUGCACAUGUGUCUGGGCCGUCUUGAACACGGUGUCGGAGAUGACCAUUGCCUUUCCAGUAUCUGGCAACUACAUCGACUACGCGGAUAGAUUCGUAGACCCAGCUCUGGCAUUCGCGGGCGGUUUCAGCAUGUGGCUCGGCUGGACGGCCAUCGUUGCGAGCGAAGCAACAUUCUUCUCGGUUCUCAUCAACUACUGGGCAGAAGAUCGUGUAAACGCCGCGGUUUGGUACACCAUUUUCUUGCUGGUGAUGCUGGUCAUCUUCGUUCUGCCGAGCAAAGUCUUUGCUUGGUUUGAAUACGGCACUUCGAUAAUGAAGAUCCUCGCCUUGUUCAUCUUCAUCGUUGCUGGUCUCGCGAUGGUACUGGGAGCUGGUCCAGACGGAUACGUCCACCAUGGCGAGACUUGGCACAAUGGCCUAGCUUUCCGUAACGGGUUCAAAGGGUAUAGCAACUCCGUCCUGUUGGCCAUCCUGGCGAUCGGCGACAACACAUUUACCGGCUUCCUGGCUGGAGAGGCGAAAACACCGCGAUUUUCGAUAGCACAUGCCGUGAUCUUGAUCCCAAUCCGAGUCACGGUGCUUUAUCUGGUGUCGAUCGUCUUCAUCGGCCUUCUUGUGCCUGCCACAGAUGAGCGUCUGCUGGGUGGUUCCGGUAUUGCAGCAUCGCCCUUCGUCAUUGCACUCGACGAAGCUGGCAUUCCAGGUCUUCCAGAGCUCCUAAACGUGGUCAUCAUGUUUGCCGUCGCAGCAAUCGGCGCCGAAUCCGUCUUCGUUGCUUCGCGGAUCCUGAGAGCCAUGGCUCACCAACGAUUGAUACCGGCUUGGGUGGCCAAGGUCGACAGGCGAGGAAGACCAAGAGUGGCACUUCUCCUUACGUAUGCAAGUGCGGUGGCCUUGACAUACUGCAAUCUCAGCGCAGGUGGUAUCGAGGUGUUCAACUGGCUUGCGCAGAUAGCUACCACCGGCUACUUCGGCGUUUGGGUCGUGAUUGGCAUUACAAGCUUUCGGUUUCGAGCUGCUUUGAAAGCGCAAGAUGAUCCUUUGUUCAAACAAGAGUACGCCUGGAGCUGCAAGUGGUGGCCGAUUCCUCCAGCCUGGCUACUGACAUGCUGCGCUCUGUACACGGGGUGCUCUUUCUACUUGGCACUCUAUCCUAUUGGCUCUGAUACCCCAUCUGCGUACUCGUUCUUCAAGUACAUGAUAGGACUGGUCCUCAUCACAGGCUGCGGCAUCGCCUAUAAAUUGAUAUUCCGCACUCGGUUGCGGGAUCCAAGCAAAGUCGACCUGCAGGCCGGACGGCGGUAUCUGAGCGCGGAGGAGAUCGAGAUGCUGGAUGAGUAUUAUGGCAUGCCGAAGUGGCGGAGGGUGAUGACUUUCUUGCAGCUGUGGUAG